GUUGAUACAUUCGAAAAGCACCUUGAAGGUUUAAAUAAUUUUCUUAAUUAUCCAUUAACUGUUUGAAGAUGAAACGGUUUUGUUUGUUCUUACUUUACGUAACGGUGGUAAACUGUGGAAAAAAAUUACCUCCUUACGUGGAACAAUGCUACAGAGGAGACGACAAAGCCAUGUCAGAAUGUCUGAUAAGGAAUAUAGAUAAAUUAAGACCUCGUCUAGCAAAUGGUAUUCCAGAAUUGCUAGUACCUGCGCUUGACCCUCUGAUGAUUCCUUCUGCCGUCAUAGCCAAUGAGAAUACGUUCAAAUGCGAUCUGAAGAACGUCAAUUUGUAUCAUAUCGACAACAUGACCAUAAGUAAAUUGGAUAUGAGUUUCGAGGGAAAAACUUGGGAUUUAGAAAUGGAAUACCCUUCUUUAGGAAUUGUUACGGACUACCAUAUGGUAGGCAAAUUACUCGUGUUGGAACUGAAUAGUAUGGGAAAGAGUACGGGAAAUAUAACUGGAGUGAAACUAAAUUACCACGUAAAUUUGGAUGUGGAAAACAAGAACGGCAAAGAAUAUUUUAAAUUGAAAUCGAGCAGUUUGAAAGCAAUAAUCGAUUAUUCUCAUACCUACUUUGAAAAUCUUUUCGGAAAAAACGAGGAAUUGAAUCGAAGAGCCAAUCAGAUAUUUAACGAAAAUUAUAAAGUGUUUUUGGAACAAUUCACCCCGGUUGUCGAGCAUAUUGUCGAGGAAUUUGUGAAUCAUGUUUUAAGUAACUUUUUUAAGAAGUUUUCGUUAGAUGUGAUAUUUCCAAAAAAAAAAUAAAAAUUGAGAUCCUUAUUGAUUUUAAUACAAUUACCCA